GUCGAGCAGCGGACGCAGAGGCGAUAAAAGACGAGCACAGUGUGUCAUUGUUUGCCGCGACAACGGGACACGGAGAGGACAAAGAUGGACAGCGUGCUGGACCCGUUCUCCGGACUCGACUCAUUCUCCUCCCCUCCUUAUUUUGACGAGGACGACUUCUUCACCGACCAGUCCUCAAGGGACCGACACUUGGACACGGAUGACUUCUUGGAUGACGACGUCGACUUCCUCACCAACCACUUUCAAGACUACUACGGCAAAGACGCGAGCGGCAGAGCGGCGCCGCGUGACGGGGACUACGACAUCGGCGACCUGUCCUUCUCCUCGUCGUCCUCCACCUUCUCGUACGGCUGCGCUGACAGCACCCCGGACCUGUCCCCGCGGAUGGGCCACCACGGCGGGCCGCUGUUGAAGCGGAGGCGGCGGAUGAGGUCCGACACGGAGAUGCAGCACCUGCGGCAGGCGGCCAACGUCCGCGAGCGGCGGAGGAUGCAGUCCAUCAACGACGCGUUCGAGGGGCUGCGCACACACAUCCCGACCCUGCCCUACGAGAAGAGGCUGUCCAAGGUGGACACGCUGCGGCUCGCCAUCGGCUACAUUAACUUCCUGGCCGAGCUCGUGCAGUCCGAUCUGCCCAUCAGAAGCUCCAGCAGCGAGACGCACGCGCAGCCUAAGAAGGUCAUCAUCUGCCACAGAGGAACAAGGUCUCCCUCCCCCAGCGACCCGGACUACGGCCUCCCCCCCCUGGCCGGCCACUCUCUGUCCUGGUCGGAUGAAAAGCAGCUGCGGGAGCAGAACAUCAUCCGCACCGCCAAAGUCUGGACACCGGAGGACCCCCGGAAACUGCACAACAAACCGGGCCUCACAGACAUUGAAAACGAGCCCCCCUUCGCCAUGGUGGUCUGAACGGAACCAGCAGCUUCGCUCUGACCAACACGCACAUCGUCAAUGUGAAGAAUAGGAGAGGUCCACGUGCACCUGAGCGCGCAUUGCGAAAGAAAUACGUGAGCAGCGUGUGAGCUUGUACUGUACAAAUAUUGGUUUCAAUGUUGUAAAUUGUUGUAUCAUGUUGAUAAUUUAAUUUUUGUAAUUCAGGCAACUGGCAAUCAUGUAUUUAUUAUUGUUAUUUUUUCAAAAGUGAUAUAAUAUAUUUUUUUAAUUUAAUCGCACUGAAUGAGAGGAACAUAUUUUUAUAUUGCUGCACGAUGCUUUAAAGUUAUAUUGCAUUUACAAAUAAAAGCACUUCCUGAUAAAAUAAGAUAACUCUUUUCCAAUGGUGUGUGUAUUGAUGAAUAUUGUCUGAU